AUGAACGAGAGGGCCCUGGCACUUUCCCGCCAAAUAAAGAGAAAUCGGGCAAACGGGCACAGCAGUGAAAAACAUAGAAAUAAUCCUACCGUACGUCUUCUACUGCAAUGGGCCAAUAACGGCCAAACAUCGAAGUCUAUUGGGCAGAUCAAUGAGCUCGUUGAUACGGUUUUACUUGCACCCAAUUUCAAUGCCCAGAACCUGAUUGGUUUUGAUGCUAGACGAGAGCAUGCUCGAAUGGACAAGGCAAUUGCUACAUUGGGGCUUGGAGCUCAUUUCCGAGAAACCUGUGUACGAAUUUGGGUGCCGUCUGGAAUCCCACACUGUCCACCUCUUCCUUAUCUUGUUCCAGGCCUCCUCCAUCGCUCCUUCACCUCUCUUAUCACUGAAAUGUUUACGGGCCCUCUAGCCAAGCAUAUGCAUUAUGCUCCAUUUGAGCUUUGGCAUCAAUCUCCCCGUACCAACAAAUCUGAACGUAUCUUUUCCGAACUCUAUAAUUCUGAUGCAUUUCUUGCCGAAAAUGAAGCAAUUCAGCGUCGUGGUGCAUUACCUCCUGACAACCCCGAUUGUAAACGUGAAAAGGUUGUGGCUGCUCUUCAAAUUGCCUCUGAUGCAACUCACUACACCAAUUUCGGGAAUGCCAAAGGAUGGCCCAUAUAUGUGAUGGCAGGAAAUUUGUCUAAAUAUAUUUGUGCUCAGCCCGGCUCUGGUGCAUUGCAUCAUCUAGCAUAUAUUCCUUCGCUUCCAGACUCGUUUAAAGAUUUUGCAUCGGAAAAUCACCCCAAAUGGAAAUCACAAAGCCAACAACUGCUCACACAUUGUCGACGCGAGUUAAUCCACGGUGUCUGGAAGAUUAUAUUGGAUGAUGACUUUAAGCAUGCAUACCUUUAUGGAAUAGUUAUUAAAUGCCAUGACGGCAUUGAAAGACGAUUUUAUCCGCGUAUAUUCACAUAUUCAGCUGAUUAUCCUGAAAAGGUUCUAUUGGUCACGAUUAGAGAUAAGGGCCUAUGCCCUUGUCCAACUUGUCUUGUGCCAAAGUCCAAGCUAGACCAGCUUGGAUUGAAACGUGACAAGAAUCUCCGAACUGAUAAUAGAACAGUUCGUCGAUACAUUGUCGAGCAAGUUGCACUCGCCCGUGAUGCCAUUUAUCGUCUUGGGCAUUCAAUAAAAUCGGAAGUUGUCGAUCGCCUCCUCAAGCCGUUUUCUGGUGUUCCAACAGAAAAUGCUUUUGUUGCGCGUUUGGGCCUUGAUUUUAACCCGUCUGAUAUGCUAACUGUUGAUUUGCUGCAUGAAUUACUAUAUGCUGCUAGAGGGGGUUCCGAUGAACUUGUAACAGAGCUAGACAGACGAUACCGACAGGUCUCAACCUUUGGCAAUGGUACUAUACGUAACUUUGCUGAAAAUUCUUCGGAAAUGAAAAAAUUGGCAGCACGCGAUUUCGAAGACCUUUUGCAAUGUGCUAUUCCUAUAUUUGAAGGACUGUUUCCAGAUCCACAUAAUCGACAAAUUUCAAAGCUCUUGUACCGUACCGCCGAAUGGCACGGUUUGGCCAAGAUGCGAAUACAUACCGAAGGGAGUUUAAAAUUGCUUGACGAGCUCACUUUUGAAUUUGGCAAAUUAAUGCGUGAAUUUCGAGAUGUAACUUGUACUCAUUUUGAAACUUUUGAGCUUCCUCAAGAAACAGCGUCGUCAAGCACAGAAACAGGCGUCUACUGUGGAAAAUAA